AAGUCAGUGGUGUGACCAGGAACCCGACGAUCAGCACAUCUACAGUCCUCUCCAUUGCGGCAACGAGAACUGAAACGUUUUCUCUUCUCAGUUUGCUGCUUCAGUAAUUGCUAUUUCAUUUCUGCUAGCAAUUAACUUUGGAUAAACCAAAUUAUCAUCCAAGUUUCAUCGGUGGUAGCAUCGAAAUAAAAACAGAGCGAGGGUAUCUUGUGAAAAGUGACAGCAGUGGUGACAUUUUCUCAACCUGCUGUGUUGUUCUCGUCAAAAAAGACAAAGGACAGGCAUGAGGACGGAAGCCUCUCUCCUAGCUCUAGUUCUUCUAGUGUCUUCGGCACUAGGACAGAACUUAGAAAAGAUAAAGAAGGCCACAUCAAAUAAUGCCAACAAGAAAAACUUCGAUGCCAUUAAUGUUUUAGAAAAGUAUGGCUACCUGGAUGACCCAAAGAGCGACGAGUCACACAGCGAAAAUUCGAUUCAAGAGGGCAUCAAAGAGUACCAACGUUUUAACGGGCUGCCCCUGACUGGCAUCCUGGACGAGCGAACCGUGAAGCUGAUGAAAAGACCUCGUUGUGGCAUUGCUGACGUCAUGAAGCCAAGCAAGAGACCCGCUGCUCAACGAACUCGCCCUUUGCCCUUUUACGUACCAGGAUACAAAUGGCAGAAGAACGAUAUAGCCUACAAAGUUGUGGAAUAUACAAGGCAACUAGGAGGGGAAAGCCAGAGACAGGCGUUCCGCAGGGCCUUCCAGAGCUGGGCCAACGUCGUGCCGCUGACGUUCCGCGAGAGCCAGUCUGGUCCCGCAGAAAUCGAGAUCAAGUUCGCUCGCGGUAGCCAUGGUGACGGCAAUGGCAACGCCUUUGAUGGCAGAGGACAAACAUUGGCUCACGCGUUCUUCCCCGGCGACCAGCCUUUGGCCGGAGAUACCCACUUCGAUGAUGACGAGGCGUGGACGAUGGGAGCGGAGGAAGGCAAGACUAACUUGGAGGUGGUGGCCGCCCACGAGUUUGGCCACGCCCUGGGGCUGGGCCACUCCAACGUGCCGCAGGCGUUGAUGGCGCCAUACUACCAGGGCCCCACCUACCAGCUGCACAGUGAUGAUAUUCGCGGCAUUCAGACCCUCUACGGCUCCAGGCCCCAGCCCCCUGUGACCUCCCGACCUCCCGUGACCUCACGGCCGGGAGUGACCACCCGACCUCGAUCGACGCCGCCCCCUGUGGGGAGGUACUGUAACCUCACCUUCGACGCCAUCGCUGCAAAUUCCGACGGCUACUACUAUGCAUUCCGACAGACCAAAGUGUACAAGAUCGGUUCCACUGGCAUUGAGAGUGAGACAGGUAUCCGCUCUGUCUUCCCCAAUGCUCCCCUGGCCCCAGGGGCGGCGGUGUACGACCGUCAUCAAGGGAAAACCUACAUUUUUAAAGGCAACCGUUACUGGCGUUACACUGGUUUCAAGCUGGACACUGGCUACCCCAAGGCGCUACCUGCCGACUUCUCCAACAUCCAGGCCGCCAUGCAGUGGAGCGACGGGGGCAUCUACCUGUUCAAGGACAAUAAGUACAUGCGGUGGGCUGAGGGCUUGCUGCGUGCGUCCAGUGGCUACCCCCGCCCCAUCUCCUCCUACUGGAGAGAUGCACCCACUAAUCCCGAGGCUACCCUUCAGGGCACCGAUGGCAGUUACUACUUCUUCAAGGGCACCAGGUAUUGGAAGUACGACGCACACGCCAGACUUCAAAGCGGGUACCCGAAGGAUAUCCGGGGUGCGUGGCUAUCGUGCGGGGUUAGAACGCCUCGAUAAAUUCAGCAAUCAGUUCUGAAAUGUUCUCUUCGGCAGUCCUGUCUUCCAGCAGUUGCAAGCUGUUACAUUACUCAGCAAGCCCACGAAGCAUGCGUUCAUACUGCCGUCCAUCUACAGCUUUAAACACUUCCCCCCAAAAUGGCGCCAGACAUUUAUUUUUUCACAAAUAACGAGAUUUGCGUUUUGGCAUCUCUGAUGAUCCACAAUCACUAUGAUAAUUAUUAUGACCUAUUGUGCUAUCCUUCCUACAUUUGAUGCAGUUAUUUUGUAUACAAAUUAGAGAGUGAUUGUAGUAUUUACUUCCUGUAAGUAAAAGACGUUUUGUUUUGUAAUACUUUAAAAAUUACAUCAAUCUACUGAAAAAAUAUUUCAUUGUGAUCUUAUGAUUUAAUCAUUUACCAUAUACCUUUGACAUGAAGCACAAAUUUAUGUUCAUGCACAAAUAAAAAUAAUUUUGAUGAUUUU